AUGACGGCCGCAACGCUCAACGGAGCCUCUAGUACCGAGGACUUCGAGUCCAUCCUAGACUACCUUUCAACCGUCGGAUACGAUGUCGCCUUUCUUCGAGGAGAUGCCCGGAGUCUCCUGGCCGAUAACCCAAUCUCCGAAAGCAAAGGCACAGAGCAUUUCGAUCCCACCGUCGCACCUUUGGGAGCGCUCAAAGCCACCGGCCCUUGGGCAGCUAGGCUGUUGCAGGGCGGCGGCACCUUCAUCGAUGAAGUGGCGGGUACUGCGACCUGGCCCGAUUCUCUCGACUUGCCAGGAUGUGCUCGUCGCGUCGCGGAGCUGACUCGUCGCUGGAUGGAUGAGGAGCUUCCUGGCGAGGCCGGUAUGAUAGCACGCGCCGCUGAGGGUUUCUUCCCCAAGACGGCCUCAGUCGCAGAGCAAUUUUAUACUCUCCGCGACAGCAUCCAUUACUCGCAGCAGUGGCUGCCAGGCCCCCCAUCGUCCAGGCCUGCGCUGACCCUCAUCCUAGCGUUCUGCAUUGGUGUUGACGAGUUCUUUCGUCCCGUCGAGUCUAUAGAUGCGACCUUGUAUCUCGGGCGUAGAGUAGGCGACCUCUGGGACGAAUGCGUGGAAGAGUGCGGUGGGAGGGAAGACGCGAAGCAAUGGAUCGCCCUCGCUAGAGAAGCCUUGCGCUGUAGCGUCUUCCUCCAGAACCGAGAAAAGCUGGCCUACAUGGGCCUUGUGGAAAAUGGCAAAGACAUCUUUACUGACUGGGAUACGACGGCUCACUACAUGCUCCGUGGCGAAGCCGGCAUGACGCCGUUUGCUGGUCUGCUCAUGUGCGCAUACGCGGGCCUACCAUUCCACGAGAGUCUGGCUGGAGCCAUUGCAGUCUACUGCUACAGCUGCAUAUUCGUGCUGGACUUUUGCAAGCGGGCGACAAAGCUCGGCGCCGGCAGCUUCACUGAAGUCUCUUUAGCGAACAAGACAGCCGAGCUCCAGGGACGUGGGCAACUGAUCGGGGCGUUUAUGGAAUACGGCGAGAGUGUUCUGCCAAUGCAAUUCCUCUGUGUGCUUCGACCUUAUGUCCUUGCGAGCUCAUCACUCGUCGAUGUGAUGGAUCGGUACAGAGAGCGCUCCUGGGGCAUGCGCUUGCCGGUGAGUAGGGUCACUCUCUGCACGAUGAUGGCUGUCUUGGAAGCGGCCGGAGGAAGUUUAGCUGAUGGUGGGGAAUUGCGCAUGCCGAGAUGGCCGUCGCCCAACGAGUUGACGCUCGUGGCCGAGGUGGUCGAAAUGCUGGACGCCGAGGAUGCCUACGAGGCUUACCGGGCUCAGCCUUGCGUGAACUUGUUUUACAAGUUGCCGCAUCUUGUGCGAGUUGUUCUGCAAAUGGGUUCUCAACAUGCUCCUCAAUCGAUUGGCCAGCUCGCCAUCAGCCAAGCCACCAGCCAGGAUGCGGUGCUCAAUGGCGAUGUGAGGGUGUCACAGCCCACGCGAUGGAUGACGUGUCUCAGCACAGCCUGCACGCCGCCACUUCCGUCGGCUCAUAAGAGAAUGGCGUCAAUCGAACGGCGAGCCUCGCGGCUGGGCGCUGUGCGUUUGCUCGGGGGUACUGAGAAGCUGCAGUCUCUAGCUUUGCGCUCGCCGGCGCGACCGGGAGGGUAUGCCGCUGGGUAUCGUGAGUUCACUGGUCGGCCAGUCGGUUCGGGGACGAGCAGUUGA